AUGACCAGAAAGAAUCUUACCACCGAUGAUGUUUCCAAACAUAACACUCAAAGCGACUGUUGGAUGACAGUUCGCGGAACUGUAUAUGAUGUCACUGAAUUCUUACAGCAACAUCCUGGAGGGCCUCGGGCGCUUCUAGAUUAUGCCGGCGCCGACGCCACGGGAGCCUACGACUCUGUGCACACCCCCGAACUUCUAGAGAAGGAUGCACCAGCGAGCAUAAAGAGUCUUGGCCCCAUCGACCCUCAGAGUGUGGCAGUAGACCUUGGCGCUCUCAACGACACCUCCAGCACAAAGCCACCCUUAGAAUCGCUAAUUAACACCUAUGACUUUGAAACCGUCGCAGAGAAGACGAGCAGUGCAAAGGCAUGGGCGUUCUUUUCAUCUGCAGCGACAGAUCUCAUAUCCAUGAGGUUGAACAAGGAGGCAUUUGAUCGCGUACUGUUGAGGCCAAGGGUGAUGAGGAACAACAAGGAGGUAGAUACGACUACAACCAUAUUGGGGGUUAGGACGAGGUCGCCAUUCUUUGUAGCACCCACCGCUAUGGCAAAGAUGAUCCAUCAAGACGGUGAGAUUGCGGUAUCGAAUGGUGCUGGUGCAGAGGGGAUUAUUCACAUUAUUUCGACCAACUCCUCAGCCCCCAUUGCAGAUAUCAUAUCAGCCGGUCUAGGUCCAGAAAAGCAAACCCACUUCCUGCAACUUUAUGUGAACACAGACCGCGCAAAAACCAUAGCCCUCCUAAAGACUGCAAGAGAAGCGGGUGUAAAAGCUGUUUUCGUGACUGUUGAUGCGCACCUUGCUGGUAAGCGGGAAGCAGAUGAAAGACUGAAAGUCGAUGUCCCAGUUAAGAGUGCUGUUAGUGGCGCUGUCAGCCAUAAUGAUAAAAAAGGCGGUGGUAUGGGAAGGCUUAUGGGCCUGUACGUUGACAGAACCCUCAACUGGGAGGAUAUUCCUUGGCUUAAGAGCGUAUGUGGAGGGUUACCUAUUGUUCUUAAAGUUCUCUCAAAUCAUGGCGGGAGGUCUUUGGAUACCUCACCACCUUCCAUUUUUACUCUUUUGGAGCUUCAUAAGGUCUGCCCGGAGGUCUUUGACCAUCUUGAAGUUUAUAUCGAUGGUGGUAUUCGUCGCGGUACCGAUAUCUUCAAGGCACUUUGUCUGGGAGCCAAGGCUGUUGGCGUUGGAAGACCCUACCUCUACGCUCUCAACUACGGAGCUGAGGGUAUAUCACAUUUAACGCAAAUUUUGAAUGAUGAAUUGGAGACGACAAUGAGGAUGUGCGGGGUAACAAACCUAUCACAGGUUCAUCCGGGAUUUGUCAAUACGGCAAUGAUUGACCAUUUUGUCCCUGAUUCUACUGGGCACCCUUAUGUUAAGUGGAGGCCUAAGUCUAUGAUUUAG